ACACUGCCUGUGUAUGGACUGUGUGAGAAACCUGAGGGAUCACUCCUCAGAUGCACCUUUCCGCUGUCCAGACUGCAGGGCAGGUUUUGAACAGGUUGUUUUGGAACAGAAGAGCUACGCAUUGGCCAACAUCGCAGAGGAAUUCAGGUUGAACAAAAGGAGAAGGGCAAAGGAUGCUGAACGUGUUUACUGUGACUGUUGUCCGGAGAAGACGACUCCGGCUGUUAAGACGUGUCUGAAGUGUGAGCUGUCGCUUUGCAAAGAGCAUCUAAAGGACCACCUGGAGCUGCGGGUGUUCACUGGACACCCCCUGGUUCAACCUCUGAGCGACCUUCUGGAGAGAAAAUGCCCGCAGCACAAGGACGAGGGGCUGAGGUACUACUGCAGCUCAUCCAGACGCUACAUCUGCAGCAUCUGCAACCUGGAGAGCAAGCAACUGAGCGUCGCCUCAGAGGUCUCCGUUGUCCUGCGGCGACAGCUGACUGAGUACAUGGACCAGCACUUCAAAAUGCUCAGGGAGCAAAUCAUAGAAUCUACAAACACUGUGAACAACCAUCGCGAUAGAGAGAGAGGGAUGCCUGCUGACUCUAGACUCAACGGUGUCACUGUUGUUCUCCUACUUCUUUGGUUCAUAGUUCUUUAUUAUGCCUAUAACUACUCUGUGGAAAACCAAACGUUGGUGGAGGCGCUGGAGAAGCAGCAGAGCCGUGUGCAUCACACUGAAGGGAUCAUGUUGGACUUGGACUCUUCCAGUUGUCUCCUCAGAGUUUCUGCUGAUAACCAAACAGCAGAAAGAGUGAAAUCACCGCUGGAUUAUCCCAACAGUGACAGUCGCUUCGAUGAAGCCCCCCAGGUCCUCUCCACCCCGUGCUUUUCCUCUGGCGCUCACGUCUGGGAGGUGGAGGCUGAGGGCUGCUGGGACAUCGCCGUGUCCUACAAGAGCAUCCCACGAAAAAGCAAAGGCAGCAGCGCCUUUGGACACAACGCCGAGUCCUGGAGCCUCACGCACAGCGGAGAGGGCUGGCUGUUUGUGUGUCACAACAAACAAAAGACCACUCUGUCAGGGAUGCUGCAGAGCAGACGAAUAUCUGUGGAGGUUAACGUGGAAGAGGGCCGCAUCACGUUCAGCUCAAUGGAUCCAGUAAAAACUCUUCUGCACCAGUUCAGGGCGGAGCUGACUGAGCCAGUGUGUUUGGGUUUAGGUCUUCAUCACCUGGAUCCUCCCAGCAGAGCCUCUAUUGUUACAGCUUCAUGAUAAUCCUGCAGUUUUCAACUCACAACUCAGGAAUAACAUUUCUGUAGAAACAUUUAUUGUAUGUAGAGCACCUAAUUAACUUUGAUUGGUUGGAGAGCUUCGUUUCAGAUCAAGUAUUUUUACWGUAUAAAUAUUUAAGACCUUGUAAUAAAAGUUAUGUUAAAACAUUAAAAUUUCAUAUACGUUUGAUCAGUUCUCAUUAAAGCAGCUCUGUUUUUAUUACAAACACUUUAAAAAGCAGAAAAAUAACUUGUUUUAUGAGUUACAUUACAGGCUAGUUAAUUCAAGACACUUUCAGAGUAACUGCUAACCUAAUUUAUUAAAUGUUAAAAACCACAAACGAUCCAAACAUUAGAACCAUAAAAAAUAUAAAACAAGCAGAAUUGAAUCUUAUUUUUAGUAAUUAUUUUGGUGAACGUUUGCUAUUUUUACACUAACAGUCCAAGGAUGAAUCUUGUUUUUAAUAAGACAACAGCACAAGUAUUAAUUUCAUGCAGUGAAUUCAGUUGUCCAAAAAAUAAUGGAAAUUCAAACAGGAAUUUAAAUAAAUCUAUAUAUUUUUAAAGUUUUAAACUUACACUAAAAUACAUGUUUCUGGCUUUCGAUGUGAGAAAGUACUGUAUAUCGGAUCCACUGGACUCAAUUAAUGUUUGAGGAAAAAAAGAAAAGCAUUAACCCGAGAAAAACUAGAGAAAUUUAUUAACCUAAKGCCACACUAGAAAACACAGGAGCAACUCUGGAAAACACCCAAAACAUCCUGAGGUACAAAUGAUCAAACUAAGGCUCGAGGGCCAGAGGUGAAACAUCUGAAUCCAACCCUCAACAUGUUCAAAUGAAAACUACAAUCAUCAUAAUAUUGACUCUGAAGGCGAGUGAAAUCUAACAUCUUACCAUCAUUUUUAUCUGCUUUCAAGAAAUCGCUGUCAAUGUUUUAAACUAAUCAUUCCUGGCAGUUUAGUAAGGUCUGUGGGUGUGAGCUGAGAGAACCAGAUGGGAAGUAAACACUUCAAAUUAGGGAAAAAAUAAUAAUACUCCAAAUGUCUUUUUUUAAACCAAGAGCUGAUAUCUUCAUUUAUAAUAAUUACAUCUCUAACUGUGCAUUUUUGGUGCGUAUUUUUAAAGAAACCAACAGUGUAAAAAUCUGAAUAUUCAAGACAAAAAUGUGGAAACAAGAAAACUCAUCAGUUUUCAUAACAACAACAGGAGAAAAAAAAAAAAAGAUCAAUAAGUUUGUUUUUAUUAAGAAAACAUGAGAGUUAAACUUUCUUUAACACUUGACCGGUCUGAAAAAGGGAUUUACAAAAAGAUUAUAAUAAAAGGCAUUUUUCAAAUUUCAGAAAUUAAAUCUUAAAAUCACAAACUAA